UUUUUUACUUUGUUUCUACCCCGGGUGUCUGUAUCGACUUUCGAUUCCAGACAAUUAAGAUUUCUGCUCACAAGUGACUGACUGGUGACAGUGACAAAAGAAAAGGUAUAUUAAGAGCAUCCAAAAAUGAAUUGUUUUCAUUUAGAUGACUUCCUUGCAGGGUGGAUUGGAGGAGCUUCCAGUGUUAUUGUGGGUCAUCCUCUGGACACAGUCAAGACCCGUUUACAAGCUGGGAAAGGAUACAAGAACACCCUUCACUGUGUCCUCCAAAUCUACAGAAAGGAAACGGUUGCUGGCUUCUUCAAGGGUCUCUCUUUCCCGCUGGCCAGCAUCACUGUGUAUAACUCAGUGGUGUUUGGAUUCUUCAACAACACACAGAGGGUUAUAAGCAAGUUCCGCCAUGGUGACGAGAGACAGUCGUGUGGUAUGCUGGACAUGACCCUGGCCAGCAUGUUGACAGGGCUGAUGUCAGUGGGACUCGGAGCGCCGGUCGACUUAGUUAAGAUAAGACUGCAGAUGCAGACUCUGCCCUGUCUAGCAGAGAACCUGAACCUUGCCGGGACGACCGGAAACGUGAACGGUAACAUCGCCGUGCGCUCCGUGACUCUCCAGGGCCAGCCGACCUACAGAGGGCCCAUCCACUGCAUCAGUUCCAUACUGCGGACUGAGGGGAUCCGGGGGCUUUACAGAGGGGCCGCGGCCAUGGUCCUGAGAGACGUCCCUGGGUACACGCUGUACUUCAUCCCCUACGCGUUGUUCCGUCGCUGGCUAUCCCCUGAAGGGAGGUCAUCACCUCAUCCCUGUACUGUAUGGGUGUCUGGAGGACUGGCAGGUUCUAUCUCGUGGGUCACGGCUACUCCAGCUGACGUGGUGAAGAGCAGGCUACAGGCUGACGCUCUCCACGCUAGGAAAUACAGAGGGAUUGUCCACUGCGUCGUUCAGAGCUACAAGACCGAGGGGAUACAUGUCUUUUUCCGAGGAGCCUCAGUGAACGCUAUCCGAGGCUUCCCAAUGAGUGCCACCAUGUUUCUGGGCUACGAACUCUCUCUGCAGUUCUUCAGGGGUCUCUAGUAUCUACACAAGGAUUAUAAUGAGACAUUAUCUUGACAGUUAUCCUCUUGUCCAAGGACACUCCAAAUGGUUUCCUCAGGAAGAUCAUUUGAAUCCUUGCAGAAUGAAAGUAGGGAGUGUCUUGACUUGAGAAUUGUUCUAGUUGACAAUUAUCUGCGUUACUGCCAUAAUACAAUCUAUUUAUAACGUGUAAAUACUCAUUUCUUAUAUUAAGAAAAUAUCUUAAAGUGCCUUACAGUAAUUGACAAAUGUAUACAUUUAAAUAUGUUGUGCUAUAAUAUACAGUAACAGUAUGCUUAAUCUAAAGCUGUACUGCAUAAAUUAACUCGUUUUAGGACCCAACAGUUAACCAGUUCUAACCUCCAUAAUGAUGCGCACAUGAAUCAUUAUAUUUUGUUGGUGCCAGGCUUUUAAUUAAAUUGUUUAAACUUUGUGAUUUGUAAAUAAGUAUGAGAAAAAUUAAAUGUCAUUCCACAAGGAGGAAUAGUUUUGUACAUAUUUUUCUCUUAAAAGUUAUUUUCAACGUGGGUUUUUGGGGGGGAAUUCUUGUUACGGUCUGUUUCUGUACACUUUUACUUGCAAAAUCUAAUAAACAUAUUGUUUCAAUUUAAA